AUGGCGCAUAAUGGCACCACGUUCAAGCUCAACACGGGCGCUCAGAUUCCGGCCAUUGGCUUCGGCACCUGGCAGGACAAGGACGCCCAGGAACCAGCCGUCACCAUCGCAUUGAAGACUGGCUACCGCCACAUCGACACAGCGCGCAUCUACGGCACCGAACCCGCCGUCGGCAACGCCAUCAAGAAAUCCGGCAUCCCUCGUGGGGAGCUCUUCAUUACCACAAAGCUAUGGAAUAACUCGCAUCACCCCGAUGACGUCGAGAAGGCGCUCGAUGCCUCGCUCAAAGACCUGGGCACCGACUAUCUUGAUCUCUACCUGAUGCACUGGCCCUCGCCAUUCGCACGCAGUGACGAAAUGUUCCCCAGGGACGCCGAUGGCAAGACCAAAACGGGCGACUCAGACUACGUCGAUACAUACAAGGCAAUGGAGAAGUGCUUACAAAAGGGCAAGGCAAAGGCGAUCGGUGUGUCCAACUUCAGCCAGGCAGAGCUUGAGCGCCUGAUCAAGGAGACGUCAGUUGUACCGGCGGUACACCAAAUGGAAUUACAUCCGUACCUACAGCAACACUCAUUCACCGACUUCCACAAGCAAAAGGGUAUCCAUAUCACACAGUAUUCUCCAUUUGGCAAUCAAAAUGAGAUCUACGACUCUGGAAAGGGCAUGGGCAAGUUGAUGGAUGACCCGGUUCUUGUAGAGAUUGGUAAGAAGCAUGGCAAGACUGGUGCGCAGGUUGCGCUAGCUUGGGGUAUCGCGAAGGGUCACUCAGUCAUUCCGAAGUCGAAGACGGAAUCGCGCAUUCAGUCGAAUAUCGAGGGCGACUUCAAGCUUCCACAGGACGAUGUUGCGAAGAUCGAUGGCAUCGAUAAGAAGCUGCGCUUCAAUGAUCCCUCGGGCUCAUUUGGGUGGAACUUCUACAAAGACCUUGAUGGCAAGAAGAACUAA